ACCAAUAUUAGAGGACCGGCGGAUUGGAGAAGAGCCCAUUAAAGGAGUCGGUCGGGAGAAGGUACCGCUUAACCUCAAUUCUCAAAUUGGGAGUCUAGGUGAAUUCUAACAUCAUUCUCAGAUUCGGUUAUAUGUGCUUGCCUCGAUUGUUUUGUGUGUUUAUUAAAGAAUAUGGAUCAAUUGAUGGUGGAAAGUUGCGGAUCUGCCACCGUAGAAGACGCAGCAGCUUGCGCUCCUCCCCAUCCUCCUCCUCCUCCUCCGCCGACUGCUCACCGGAGGCCAAGAGUGAGGGAGGUGAGCUCUAGGUUCAUGUCUCCUGCGGUUUCCACUGGUGAUCUCCCUCAUCCCCUGCCUACUAAAUCGCCCCUCCCGAAACAUCAUCAACAUGGCAUCUCAACUCCAAGCUCGACGCUUGCGGAAAUUCAGUCGAGGCAGCGCUCUUCCUCGGUGAAUAGGCGGCGGAGGCACUUGGACUUGGAGCCCUUCCGCUGCUCCGACGAGAACAGACCCACCGGCUUCUCCUCCAUUCACACUCCGAGUCAGAGUUGGGAAAUCCCUCUCCCACCGGAACAGAUGCUUAAUUAUACUGGGAGGAAACAGCGUCCUGUGAAGCCAUUCAAAGAAAACGGAGGCGGCAGAGUCCAACAGCAACAGCAGAAGCAGCAUCUUACAAAAACCUGCACCGGGAAAGGCAGCAAUGCUUUUACCACACCCUCAAGACCUGAUACACCCAUGGUGACUGCUAGUCUAGAUAGGACGUCUAGAUUCAGACUCAUUCAGCAACGGUCUACCAACAUCACACCCACAGCAGCCGCUAAGCUCUUGCAGUCUAGCGGGAUGUCUUUACCUGCUCCACCUACCAAUCUAGUUACUGAGACUGAGGCAAACACCCAAGACGCCACUUCUGCUCCCCAACUUGAUCCUUCUUCACCAAGUUCACUUCCCGAUGUCAAUAAUCAGAGUCAAAUGCCAGUUGCCGAUUUGUUGCCAUCCGUUUCUAGUAGACAGCUCGUUGACAAAAGUAGCAGCAGCAGGGGUAAUGCAACUGUCACUGUCAGUGACGAUUUUUUUAAAUGUUCUGCUUCCCCUUGCUCCCGUUCUCUGAAAUUGCCAUUAUCAAGUUCCGACAUCUUAUCCUUCCAGCCAAACAAAGGGAGUGAAAGAUUAACAUCUGUGCUGUCCAAGCCAUAUACAAACACAGGGAAGAUGGGUGGCUUAUGUCUUCCCCCUGUCCCACCAUCUACAAGUGCAAAGCUGAGCUCAGAUACAAGGAGAGGAAAGAAAGUUUCUGGACACCUAGAAGACGUGCACUCCUUGAGAGUGCUUCAUAACCGCUAUCUGCAGUGGAGAUAUACCAAUGCAAGAGCAGAGGCUUCCAUGCGAGCACAGCAGAGAGAAACUGAGAGAACACUUUAUUCUCUUGCGGUCAAGAUAGCAGAACUAUAUGAUUCUGUCAAGAGGAAACGGACAGAACUCGGCAUUUUGCAAAGAACAGAGACUUUAUCAGCAAUUCUUGAUGCUCAAAUUCCGUAUUUGGACCAGUGGUUUGCUCUUCAAGGGGAUCAUUCAAGUUCUCUGGCAGAAGCAACACAAGCUUUGUCAAAUGCCUCAUUUCAACUUCCAAUCAGUGGCAAUGUUAGGGUCGAUCUACAAGAGGUAAAAGAGGCACUGAACUCAGCAGUGGAAGUGAUGGAGAUCAUAGAUCUCCAAGUUCAGCAAUCUACAGCAAAGGCAGAAGAAACAGAAAAUUUGAUUUCAGAACUAGCCAGAGUGACUGGUGGAGAAAGAGCUCUUAUUGAAGAAUGUGGAAAUAUGUUGUCCAAGACAUAUACAACGCAGGUGAAAGAGUGGAGCUUAAGGGGCCAGAUAAUCCAGUUGAAACGUUGCUGUUCUUGAAAAGCAUUUCUUCAACGAAGACUGAGCAAUGAAAUGCUUAUUGUGUUGAGAAUGUCUUCUUUAUUUCUUUGCUGCGAAGUGCAAACUUAUUUGUUACGAUUUGAGGCCCUACCCUCCAUCUCUCUCUCUCUCACGCGUUAUAUACAACCCAUUCUUCACAGAGAAUCCAUUUUUAACAGGGAUCGCAGGUUGUACAAUACAAUUUGAUGAUCCGAAUUGUUCAGGAAUUCAAGAAUUAUAUUUACAAAA